AUGGCGGCUACGUUCGACUUCACCGGGAAGCGCGCGGUGGUGACCGGCGCGGGCAAGGGCAUUGGGCACGACCUCGUGCUGGCGCUGCACGCGUGCGGCGCGCACGUGCACGCGGUCUCACGCACCAGGGCGGAUCUGGACGCGCUCCGCGCGGAGCUUGCAGAGGCUGGCGACGCUCGGCUGACGACCUUCGCGGCCGACCUCGGCAACGCAGAGGAGGUCCGGGCAGCGCUCGAGGCAGCGGGCGAUAUCGACCUGCUCGUCAACAACGCAGCCGUCGCGCUGAAUGGGCCGCUGCUCGAGAUGUCCGUCGAGAGCUGGGACGCGACGAUGGCGGUGAACCUGCGGGCGUGCUUUGUCGCAACUCAGGUCGCGGGGAAGAGCAUGCGCGAUCGCGGGGUCAAGGGCAGCAUCGUCAACGUGAGUUCGCAGGCGUCCCUCGUCGCCACGCCCGAGCACGCCGCGUACUGCGCCUCGAAGGCUGGACUCGACAUGCUGACGAAGAUGAGCGCCCUGGAGCUCGGGCCGUACGGCAUCAGGUGCAACGCGGUCAAUCCCACGGUGGUGCUGACCGCCAUGGGCCGCGCCAAUUGGAGCGAUCCGGCGAAGGCAGGGCGGAUGCUGAGCAAGAUCCCGCUUGGGCGAUUUGCCGAGGUGGAUGACGUCGUCAGGCCGAUCCUAUUUCUCUUGUCGGGGGAGUGCGGCAUGGUCACGGGCUCUCUGCUGCCGAUCGAGGGCGGCUUCACGAGCACUGCCACUCUCAAGUAG